AUGGCCGGUCGCAAACGUCAAGCUGAGAGCGUUGAGAGUGAUGACAAGGCACGCAAACAGCGCAAGGUCAUUCCAAAGCCCACGCGGAUCACUCGAGGCAUGACCAUUGAUGCACCUCGAAAAGCUGUCUUCAACACCUCUGAGCUCCUCGAGAGUAUCCUGCAGUAUCUUCCGACGAAAGUCCUGUUCGUAACACAGCGAGUAUCUCGCCAGUUCUGUUUGGCGAUCCGUGGCUCGUCGAAAUUGCAAGACCGCAUGCUAGGGAGGUCGAAGACACAGCAUGAUGCGGAGCCUCUCACGAUCGUCCGGGUUGCAACUCACAAGUAUCGCCUUGUGCAUAUCAAGGAUACUAAGGAGGCUUCGAGUGAUGUGACGAUCGGGCUCGACAACAUGCCAACGGUCCUGACUCGAGGGGUCUUGCAUCCGCUGUUGCGCGCGGAGGGUUGGCUUCGGGAUCCAGUCGAGCGGGUGUUCUAUGGCAAUUCAGGACAAUUUAGGUUUGCCAGGCGGCCACUCUUGCUCAAGGCUGGAUCUUGGAGAGAGGUACGGCUUUCCAACGUGGCUUGCAAGGUUGCGGAAAUUCGUCUGCACUGGUCAGCAAAUCCGAACGGUGGCUCUUCAGGCUUCAUAUUUGCCGGGUGCCGCACGGAAGCUAUCGACGGCUUCACUAUUGGUGGCCUCCUCGAUGCAGCAUUGGACCAGGACAGACAGGAAUAUGUUUAUCACUUGGAUGGUAGAGUGCGUAGGGAGCAGGGAACAGCGAGAAGCAUCUUAGAGAGAUUGCAGAGGAUCAGUGGGAAGGAAGUAUGUCUUCAGGACUUCAGUGUCUCCCUGGAGGACGUGAUCGAGCUUAGCGACGAGGAAAGGGCGGGCGUGGAGGACUACAAGAAGGUCUGA